CGUCUUAUGAAACAGAAACCAUAACAGUAUCAAAUGGUUCGCGUAUACAUAUGGGUCAGUUUAUACCUUGUUCGAGCUAUCCCAACCGAUAUCGCGAUAUGACCGAAACUGCUGACCACCAAGCGCGGACGAAUGAACGCAGAAUCCCUCAGGUGAAGUAAACUUAUAGAGAGAGAAACAUAUAGAGAGAGAAACAAAAACGAUAGGUGAACGCAGAAUCCCUCAGGUGAAGUAAACUUAUAGAGAGAGAAACAUCUAGAGAGAGAAACAAAAACGAUAGGGUCCGUUUGUAGUGUCAAAGUUUCGUAAGUAUUACUAUAUAUAAUUACACCUUCUCUCUCUCCUGUUCAUGAUUUAUGGAUCUCUGCUCAAUCCCAGUCUCCCCACAAUCCGAGAUUUGAUUCCACUGCCGACCUUUCCCGCACUUUCUCCGAUAAAUUCACUUUGCCGUUUCUCUCUUCGGAAAAUAAAUUCUUUUCCAGAAUUUCCAAAAAUGGAGGGUGAUAUAUUUUGUGGCAUUGACAAUGGAACCCAAGUAGAUAGCAAAGUUUUGCAGACAUUUCAGAUGAGCUUUGUGCAGGUCCAAGACAUUUUGGACCAGAACAAGUUGAUAAUCAAUGAGAUCAACCAAAACCACGAGUCUAAAAUCCCCGAUAACUUAACCCGAAACGCGGGUCUAAUUAGAGAGCUCAACAGCAACAUUAGAAGGGUGGUUGAUCUUUAUGCUGAUCUUUCGAGCUCUUUCGCCAAUUCCAUGGAAACUUCAUCGGAAGGGGAUUCGGUUGGGACUAUGAAAUCGGACGGAAAAGGCAGUCAGAAGAGAAUGAGGUCCCGGUAAUUUAACCAAGAUCUCAUAUACUUUCUGCAUUUUUGGUAAAAGAAGACAUGUCUUCUAUAUGAUCUGUUUAAAUAUCAGUAGUUUCCACCUUUAGAUUCAACUUUAUUCACCAUUUUUUUCUGAGGAAAUAACAGUGUUAUAUAUUUCCCACUGCAAGUCAGUGCAACUAUGGUGUCUACUUGUAAUCAAGCAUAGUUUCAUUGUCUAGUGGUCUCUUUUGAUG